AUGAAUAAUUCACAUACCCUUCUCCACGAGGAAUUCGUUAAGCCGGAGGCGACCCAGCCGAAGGGCCUGACGCAGGACGAGCUCCUGGCCCUCCCAAUCGGACCCGCCAGCGCACCUCCGAGGAGCUCGAUCGGAAAAAGCUCCACAGCAAAUUCAGAUCUUACAGCGUGGGGAUCAGGGACGAGAAGCCCCGCCGCCAUGGAAGCUCCAUUCGCGAGGGCAGUCGGGAAUUUGCUCCGUCUAGGGCUGACCAGACCGACAAUUGGGCGAUCAGUAAAAAAUUGUCUUCGUCUGGAUUUGGCGAGCCAAGGGAGAGGGGAGAAAGAGGGCUUCUUCACGGAUUCUCAAUCACGGGCAGAUGAGUUCGACAAUUGGGUGUCCAAUAAGAGCUUUGGGCCCAAGGGUUCCCUCAAGGGACGUACGGGCAGCCUCAGAAGUCAGCAGCCUAAGAGAACAAAGAACAAGGCAUGGAUGGGGGUUGAGUUGGGCUUAGGAUUGGAGGUUGGGCUGCUAGGAGGCUUGCUGAUUGGGGAGAUGGCUUCAGAUGUCGGGGACGAGGCUGCCUAUGCGGAUGGGUACGGUGACAGAUGA